ACCAUCGGGAUCCGAGCAGCGCAGCGCAUGCGGCCAGGGCCACUGCGGUGUACGUCACUGAUAUAGGAAUAUACGUGGUGCUAGGGCAAUUAAUGACGGCGCCAUGGUGCAAUGUAGGGUUGCGAUAUGUAUAUGCUAAUACAUAAUAUAUCAUAUGUAGACUACUCGGGAUCACCGCCACCAGCGCCAUCAUCGGCGCCUAGGGGCUGGCGCAAGUAUGCACAUAGGUUCCGCGACCGGCCGGUGAGCCAUCUGACGUCAUUUGCACUCUUGCAUGAGCUGACAGCGAUAGUGCCGCUGUUUGGCGUGUACUACACGCUCGACUUCUUCGAGGUGAAGGUGCCGUUUCCAGAGGACGUGAUGCGCCAAGGAAACAGAUACAUCAACAAGCUGCGGCAGUAUGUUGGGAUGGAGGCGCUGGACGAGGGGUCGCCUGUGCUGGUGAACCUGGCGACUAGCUACGCGGUGGUCAAGGCAGCGGCACCGCUGCGGAUUGCGGCAAGCCUGGCGAUGACACCGAUGUUUGCCAGGGCGUUUGUGGUGCCGAUUGCCCGGGUACUUGAGAAGCUAAGAGGCAAGCCAAGAAGUUAGAGCCUGCCAGCCGCGGAAAGUUUAAAUGGAAAAUGUCACUUUAAAAAUUCAGAAAGAGAGAGCAAGAGAAGGGUGUGGUGGUGAGUCAGUAUGUUGCUUAGAAGGUCUCCUCUUCGUCGAGGUGCGCAUCGGCCGCGGGAACGCUGCUCUGGGGCUCGUAGGUCUCGUCAUUGAGGUCGCCCUGGAGCUGCUCCUCCUCGCCAGCAUAGUUGUCGUCUGUGCUAUACAGGAUGCCCUGGAUAUGGCUGGCCAUCUCCCCAAUGUCCGAUCUAGGCUCGAACUCCAGCUGUUGCAAGUACACCUCGAUUUCGCGCAGCUUGGAGAAGUAAAAGUCCCGCUCCUUCUCCGCGGUCUCAAUCAGCACCUUGGCCUCAGACAGCUGGCGGUUCAGUUCCUGCACCUGGUGGGAAUUGGCGGCUGCUCCAG